AUGAAUAUGAAGAUUAAGGCAUAUUUAGCCGUAAUCUUUAUGCAGUUUGGGAUUGCUGGGCUAGCAAUUAUAGCUAAAUCAGCCACUAACCAUGGAAUGAGCCAUUACUCAUUUGUGGUUUAUAGGCAAGCUGUGGCUGCCAUUGUUAUAUCUCCAUUUGCCUUCCUACUUGAAAAGAAAGUAAGGCCCAAAAUGAACCUUUCUAUUUUCAUCAAGAUACUAGCUCUUGGUUUGCUAGAACCAGUAAUGGAUCAAAACCUGUAUUAUGCGGGCAUGCAGUACACACCAGCUACGUUUGUUACUGCAUUAAGCAACACUGUUCCAGCUCUUACAUUCAUUAUGGCUUGUAUUUUUAGGCUUGAAAAGGUGAGUAUAAAGAAAGUAGGGAGUUUGGCAAAGGUGGGUGGAACAAUGGUGACACUUGGAGGAGCAACAAUAAUGACUCUUGUGAAAGGUCCAGGCCUGAAUUUACCAUGGACUAACACUAAUUACACUAAUAUUUCCAAUACUUCUUCUCAUCAAGAUUCUAUCAAAGGUGCUCUUAUGAUCAUUACUGGUUGUUUGGGUUGGGCUGCCUUUGUUAUUCUACAAGCUAUAACAUUAAAAUCAUACCCAGCAGAAAUGUCUCUGACAGCAAUGAUGUGCCUGGCGGGCGCCGUGGAAGGACUGAUUGUAGCUCUUGUUUUGGAACCAAACACAUCUAUUUGGUCACUCCACUUGGAUACUAAAUUAUUAGCUUAUAUCUAUAGUGGAAUAAUCUGUUCAGCAAUGGCAUUCUAUUUACAAGGAAAGAUAAUGAAAGAAAAAGGACCUGUUUUUGUGACUGCUUUUAAUCCAUUGAGCAUGGUUAUUGUGGCUUUUCUUGGUUCCAUCAUCCUUGCUGAGCAACUCACCGUUGGCAGGAUUACUGGAGCAUUGGUGAUAGUCACAGGAUUAUAUGUAGUAGUUUGGGGAAAGAGCAAGGAUGAAGAUACAUGUAAUGAAAGCAAUGAUCACAUUUUGCCAAAAUCUAAUAUUCAAAUGACUGGAAAUGAUGCAACUGAUGAUACCCACUAA